ACGCAUGGUUCACUCCAAAAGCUCACUCGAUUCCCUUCCCCUACUUCCCACUUAAACCCCUCCACCAACAUAUUUCUAAGUUUCAUGGAUCUCCCCCCUAUAUUAAUAAUAUCCCUCCAUAUUUUAGACAUCCUCAAGUUCCCGAUUGCUGUAAUGUCCACGUCCUCCCACUUGCCCCCAUAAUAUUUCUCCUUAACUAUCCGUUUCCAUAAGCUCUCUACACCAUCCCCAAACCUAAACCACCACUUUCCUAAAAGAGCCCAAUUUUUCCUACGUAGGAUCUGAUGGAGAGAGAGAGUGCUAGGGUUCGAGACAGGUUUCCGACAGCCAGGGACAGCGGCAGUGGUUUCCGGCGGCGGCUUCCAGGAUACGGUAAGCACUUCAUUGGGCAGGCAACGACAUACUUUUUCUAUGAUUUUCCGGUGAAUUAUUCUGCUAAGGAUCUGUGGCAUAGAUUUUGGUCUUUCGGGAAGGUAGCAGAUGUUUAUAUUCCAGAAAGGAGAGAUCGGAGAGGGCGUCGGUUUGGAUUUGUUCGGAUGUCUGAGGUUUCAGAUGCCGAGGGUAUGGAAAGAAAGUUGAAUCAGAUUUGGCUGGGUUCGUAUCGCUUGAAGGUGAAAUUGGCAGGAAACAUGAAGUCUGGGAGGGAAGGGAUGUCCAGAGGACGGCAGCAACAGCAAACAACAGCGAAGUGGUUCAGACGAGAUCGAAAGGUGUCUCCUGGGUUAACAUAUGCACAGAUUGUUGCUGGAAAACUCAAGGCAUCUGAUGAAGGGGAGUCACUGCACCAUGUAGAAGAACAGGUAGCGGUGCAAAGAGUACUGGAAAAGAAAGAGGCUGGGUUUGAAAAACCUGGUGCAAUGUUGAAAGAAUUGGCAGUGAUACCAGUGUCAAUCCCUGAUCAGGCUUCAACGUCAAUAGCGAAUGAUGUCAGUGCAAAUACUUAUGUGCCGAAGGAGUCGAAGGCUAAGUUGGUUCUGCAGUUUUCUCCCAGGGAGGAUGAAGUGGCAUGGUUGAAGCAAAGUAGAGUGGCACUGGUUCGGUCGCUGGAGUUGGUGACGAAAAUACAAAAUAGGCUGGAUGUGGAUGGCUUAUUGGUGAAUGUUGCUCUGCUAGGGGGUAGACAUGUUCUGUUAAUAGAUAAUAUGGAGGGUUGUCUAGAGGAGUUUAUUGAUAAAAAUAACGAGUUGGUGGAGUCUUGGUUCGAAUGGAUACAGCCAACUUCGUUAUUUACUAAGCCAUCGAGAAACAGGUUGGUGUGGCUUCGUUUUAAUGGUGUUCCAUUGCGAGCAUGGAGUGAGAGAUGUUUCUGGGAACUAGCAGCUUUAAUGGGUGAAGUAAUACUAGUUGAUGAUGAUACAAAAUCUAAAUCAUUUUUGUGUGAAGGUCGGGUCUUGGUAUUGUGCGAUGAUGACAGGAAAAUUGCGCAGACAAUCACGUUAAUGGUGGAUGGGGAGUCUUUUCUGAUCAAGGUAUCAGAGGAGGAGUGGCGUAUGGAUCCGGACUGGUGGCUGGCCGGUGAACGGCGGAGCUCCGGUACGAGGUUGGAUGUGUCCGACAUGGAGUCUGAUAAUUCCGAUGACCGUUACAGUGAAGGUGGGGAGAGAGCAGUUAUGGCCGAAGAUGGUGCAGAAACGGACGUAGAAUCAAAUCUGAGUUUAAAACAGAAUUUGGUUCAAAAUUUUGAAUUAAAUGGGCUGGAGAUGGAUGGGCUGGGUAAUGUGGGCUCGGUUGGGCCAAGGGAUUGUGAGGCUGAGGAGCUGGGUGUAGAAAAUGGGUCUUGUGAGGGGAUUAGGCCUGAUGGAGUGCAACAGACAGGAGCUGCUUUGUCGGCUAAAAAAUGCAAGAAAUUAGGGGACAUUUAUGCGGGGGUUGGGGUUGCGGAGGAAACGAGGGAGAUGGGGCUGCAGUGGGUGACGGGAAGAACCAAAUGUAGGAAGGAAAGAAGGGAAAUAGCAAGACAAUCGGAGCAGGGGACGGAAUCAUGGAAAGCUGGUUUAUCUUUGUCGGAUGGCUGCAUCCAAAAUCGGAACAAUCUUAUCCGGCAGCAACUGGAGUUGGACGAGGUACGAAGGCUGUUUGGGUUGGGGAAAAGAUUGGGGAUCCAAUGUCAGAAUAAUGAGGAGGAGUUUAUUUCUUUUAAUGUUAGGGGAUUGGGUAGUGGGUUGAAAAGGAGGGAGAUUCUUAAGUUAGUUAAGAAGGAGAAUCCAGAUUUUUUGUUGCUUCAAGAAACUAAAUUGGAAGAGGUUGAGGAGUCUUUGUGUCGGGCAUUGUGGAACUCAGAAAAUUUUGAUUGGGUUAUGCAAAAAUCAAUGGGUAACUCAGGGGGCUUGUUGUGCAUUUGGAAUAAAAGCUGUUUUAGUAAACAAUGUGUGAUAGAGGGGAGCGGCUUCAUUGGGGUUUCGGGCGAAUGGGGUAAGGAGAGGAAAAAAUGUAAUGUAAUUAAUGUGUACGCUCCUUGUGAUAGGCAGAGGAAGGUUUUGUUGUGGGAGGAAAUUGCUGGACGAGUUUUAGAAGAGGGUGGUUGUUGGCUGUUAGCAGGUGACUUUAACGCUGUCCGGAAUGUAUCAGAACGAAAGGGUAAAAUGAAGGAGACGCAGGAUAUGCAAGAUUUUAAUCACUUUGUGGAAAGCACGGGAUUAAUUGACGUUUGCUUGCGAAAUAGAAAGUUUACCUGGUAUAGACCGGAUGGAUCCUCCAUGAGUAGAAUUGAUAGAUUUUUGAUGUCUACAGAAAUGAGUUUAAUGGCCACGGAUUGGGUUCAAGAAGGUGUGGCAAGGUCAGUUUCUGAUCAUUGUGCAAUAAUUCUGAAGGCAAGGAAUGCAGAUUGGGGUCCAAAGCCUUUUCGGGUAAUGGACGCAUGGCAACAACACCCAGAUUUCAGAAAUUUUGUAGAUGAUAAGUGGACAGCUUUGCAAGUUGAAGGAUGGGCGGCUUAUAAAUGCAAGCAGAAGCUGAAGUUAAUGAAGGAUGAAUGUAAAAGGUGGAAUAAGGAAGUUUUCGGUAAUGUGGAGACUCGAUGGGGGAUAUUAUCAAAGGAAAUUGAAGCACUGGAUAUAAAAAGUGAAGAGAUUGAAUUAGAUGAGAAUGAGGUGUUAUUCCGAAAGGAGUGUUUUCAGGAGAUGUGGGACAUUUCGAGGAAAAGAGAGGCUAUGUGGAAGCAGAAGGCUAGAAACAAUUGGAUUCGUCUUGGAGAUGCAAAUACCGCUUUUUUCCAUAGGAGCGUUCAGGCACGGAGGGCACAAAAUGCAAUUUCAGGGAUCUUAGGAGAGGAUGGGUGGGUCGAGGAGCCAACUAGGGUGAAAGAGGAGGCAGUGAGGUAUUUUAGUCAGUUGUUUCAGAAUGAACAGUGGAAACGGCCAGUGUUGGGAGGAGUUCAUUUCAACAGAAUUUCAGUUGCACAAAGAGAGUGGCUGGAAAGACCUUUUUCAGUAGAGGAGAUUGAAGAGGGAUUACAAAGCUGUGAUGGGGCGAAGGCGCCAGGACCAGAUGGGUAAAUCCA